UUUAGCAGAAGGAGAGAAAAGGCAGAAGCUGGGGAUGGGAGCAGUGAACUGUCGGCAGGGGCAACACACUCAGCAGGGGCAACACACCCGGGUGGCUGCACCUCACAAGCAGGGUGCCAACAUCCGGGGCCCCUGGGCCCGAGGCUGGAAGAGCCUCUGGUCAAGUGUGGGGACCAUCAGGUCAGAUCUGGAAGAACUGUGGGAACUACGAGGGCAUCAUUGUCUGCACCGGGAGCCCCUAGAGCCAGCCCCACUGCUGAUAGAGAAGCCUCUGUCUGAGUGGCCAGUGCCUCAGUUCAUCAACCUCUUUCUACCGGAGUUUCCCAUUAGGCCCAUUAGGGGGCAGCAGCAGCUGAAGAUUUUAGGCCUUGUAGCUAAAGGCUCCUUUGGAACUGUCCUCAAGGUGCUAGAUUGUGCCCAGAAAGCUGUAUUUGCAGUGAAGGUGGUGCCCAAGGCAAAGGUCCUACAGAGGGACACUGUGAGGCAGUGCAAAGAGGAGGUUAGCAUCCAGCGACAGAUCAGCCAUCCUUUUGUACACAGCUUGGGGGACAGCUGGCAGGGAAAACGGCACCUCUUCAUUAUGUGUAGCUACUGCAGCACAGAUCUGUACUCCCUGUGGUUGAGUGUUGGCUGCUUUCCUGAGGCUUCCAUUCGUCUCUUUGCUGCUGAGCUGGUCCUGGUGCUAUGCUAUCUCCAUGACUUAGGCAUCAUCCAUCGAGAUGUGAAGAUGGAGAAUAUCCUUCUGGAUGAACGAGGCCAUCUGAAACUGACAGAUUUUGGUCUGGCCCGCCAUUUGCCCCAGGGAGCCCGAGCCUAUACUAUCUGUGGCACUCUUCAAUAUAUGGCCCCAGAGGUCCUGAGAGGAGGACCUUACAACCAUGCUGCUGAUUGGUGGUCCCUGGGUGUCUUGCUUUUCUCUCUAGCAACUGGAAAGUUUCCAGUGGCUGCAGAAAGAGAUCAUGUGGCCAUGUUGGCAAGUGUGACCCACUCUGACUCUGAGAUCCCAACUUCUCUUAACCAGGGGCUCUCACUCCUGCUUCAUGAGCUCUUAUGCCAGAACCCCCUCCACCGACUACGUUAUCUGCAUCACUUCCAGGUCCACCCUUUCUUUCGGGGUGUGGCCUUUGACCCAGAGCUCCUUCAGAAGCAGCCAGUGAACUUUGUCGUGGAGACACAAGCUACUCAGCUUAGUUCAGCGGAGUCCAUACAUUUCAAGGACUUUGACUGCGAUCUGGAGUCCUUCUUGGUCUACCCUAUCCUUGCUUGAGCCUUUCUACUAUAAAUCUGGGCCCAGCUGGGAACCUGAGGAUCUCCUCCCCUGCUGACUCACUAUGACCACCUUGAUGAUCC